CCCCCAUGGACGUCACUUAUGCCGUCAUCACCAAGCCCCGCCGGGUGGGCGGGGCCACUUCCGGAACUGACCACGCCCCUUCCGACCCCGCCCCCACCGCGGCCGGUGACGGCGCCUACGAGGUCGUGACCCCGCCCACCGACCCCGGAAACCCCGCCCACCUCGGGUUCAACUCCCGCAUCCCGAAGCCCAAAGGACCCCGGGAGCCGCCAGCUGAUUGGAUGAGAACCUGAAGCAGGGGGCGGGGCCCGGACGCCUGGGUCCCCAGAAAUGGAUAUUGGGGGGGGG